AUGAAGGUCGGAACAGACUCGAUGCUACUGGGCUCGUGGGCGCCGCCGCCGCGGCGAGCGCCCGGCCCGGCGGCCGCCGCACCGCCUCCGCAGCGCCGCCCCGUCGGCGGCUGCAGCGACGAGGAGGGCGGCGGCGGCGGCGGCGGCGGCCGCCGCGCGUCGCCUCCGCUGCGCGUGCUCGAUAUCGGGACCGGCACCGGCGUGCUUGCCCUCAUGAUGGCCCAGAAGUCGGAGCCCGGGACCCUGGUGGAUGCGAUCGACUCUGAUGAGCUGGCGGCCGCCCAGGCGGCGCUCAACGCGGCGGCCAGCCCGUGGGCGGCGGCGGUGCGGGUGCGGCACGCCAGCCUGCAGGAGUGGGCGGCGGCGGCGGCUGCGGCGGCGGGGCCGGGGGCGGCGGGGGCGGCUUCGGGUUGUGCAGGCAUCGGCGGAGGCGUGGGCGCAGUCCGCGGCCUGGCGGGGCCGGUUGUGGGGAGCGGCUUGCUGCUGCAGCACGAGCAUCAUCAACAGCAGCAGCAGCAGCAGGAACACAAGCACCAGCAGCAGCAGCAGCAGCAGCAGCAGAACGGCGGCCUCCUACAGUAUGACGCCAUCAUCACCAACCCGCCCUUCUUCCAGCGCAGCAGCAAGCCGGAGACCUGCGGCCGCCGCGCCGCAGCCCGCCAUGCAGAUGCCGACUCGGGCCUCCCCUUCCCAGACCUUGCCGCCGGCGCCGCCGCUCUGCUGCGGCCGGGUGGCGAGCUCUCCGCCGUGCUGCCGCCGCCCGAGGCGGCGGAGUUUGUGGCAGCUGCGGGGGCGCGCGGCCUCGCGCUGUGCGCGCUGACGCGGGUGUUUUCGCGGGCUGGGAACGCGCGCCCCAAGCGGCUGCUGCUGCAUUUGGUCAAGGCGGGGGGCGGGGACAGCGAGGCCGAGGCGCGGGGCGGCGACGGCGCCGGGCUGGGUCUCGUCGCUGAGCUGGCGAGUGCGGGGCUGUCGCGGCGGCACGAGCUGAUCCGCGCGCUGGAGGCGGCGGGCGGGCGGCUCGACAUGCGCGGGGCGGCCAAGGGCGGGAGCGACGACGCGUUCACGGCUGAGUAUGUGCAGCUGACUGCGGACUACCACCACCCGGACUUUUUCAGGCCUUGA